ACCAACCCCCGGAAGCUCCACCCCUGUGCUAACAACAACUCCAGCAGAUCAGCUGUGCUCUCAAGAUUCAGGUUCAGUCAGCUAAAAUGUUGCUCGUGGUUUUCUUGUGUUCCCUGAUUGUCUCUCUGCUCGCUGCAUCUGAAGAUCACCAAGAGAUAAAAGUGAAGCCUGGACAGGACGUCCCUCUUCAGUGUCGGGCUCUCAGAAAUGCCUCUGUCAAACUUUCAGAGUGGACCAGACCUGACCUGAAGUCAGACGGUUACGUGUUCUUUUACCGAAACGAGCGGCCGUAUGAAAACUUCCAGCAUGAAUCUUUUCAUGGUCGAGUGGAGCUGAGAGAUCCAGAGAUGAAGGACGGAGACGCUUCUGUUGUCCUGAAGAACGUCACCUUCAACGACACUGGAACAUACGAGUGUCGGAUUGUAACUAACGCACGACAAGAGAUCAAGCACCUGAUCGACCUGAAAGUUACAGACUCAGAUCACACAGCUGGAGACAAGGAGGGAGGAAACAAGGAUGAAUUUCGUAGCAUCGUAGUUGGACUGUCAGUUUUUGGUAUGCUGCUUGUUCAGGACCUAACAUGCCACCAAAGCUGUGAGUACAAGGCUCACAGACAACAGCAUAAGAGUCUUGGAGUGGCUGACUUCUAUCAGAAGGAAUGGGCUAAAAUAUCAACAAAGAACCUUGAGGAAGGAGAAAAACCUCUGACCCACCAGAAAUCUGUUCUUCUAGGCCUUCACGGACCCGUCUUUGGCGUGAUCAUUGACAUACAGACACGUGCAGAGGGGGGUGCAAUGGGUGCUUGA